CUCAUCAACUUGUUCAACAAUCCUCAACUUACAUUGAAGAAGAAGAAGAAAAAAUGGAUUAUGAUCGUAAUAGAGGGGUAUCUUUGAUUCAAGAUGACCAAAUGUUCUUCCAUCGAAUCAUCUCUAGAGAUUCUUCGGUUGGUUGUUCUUCUCGGAUUUAUUAUUACCGAAGUUCUGAAGGUAUACCUUUUAAUUGGGAAAUGCAACCUGGGACACCGAAAGAACCGCAGAAGGAAGAUGUUCUCCCUCCAAUUAGUCCACCUCCGGCAUUGCUUAGCCUCGGUUUACCUAAACCACGUAUUGAUGUCGUCGAAGAAAGUAAGGUUUCGAAACUGAAGGUGUUCAAGUUUUGGAAACACGGCAAAAAGAAUGACAACAAGAAGAAGAUUGAUGAUCAUCAAUCGGAUAAGUACUCGAAUUACGAGACGUGUAGUUCGGAUGAUGACGGGGAAUUCGUGGGUUCACCAUGUGUAUCGAGCUCGUCUUCAUCGUCGUUCUCUUUCGGAUCAUCGAGUACUCCGUCGAGGGACUCGUCGUUUAACCGACAUUACGGUUGCGGUCCGUUGAAUUUUGCGUCGUUCCUUGUUCGUGUUUCGAGGUCUAGGUGACGAUGUUAUCAUAUACGUAUGUUGUUUUAUAAAAACUGGAAAUUUAUGUUUUUAUUUAUUAUCUGAAGUUGUAUUUUAACAAAAAUCUAUAAAUAGUUUGCAAUAUAAUGUACGAAAAUGUAUACUUACAAAACUAAUUUAAUUUUGCCUAAUACAA